CGCCAAACCAAUAAUCUCGGCUGGCUCGAUAUAUGCUCGGCCAUAGGCUUCAAGCCUGCGCUGCUUCGCAGGGGAUCAAGAGCGGCUGCCUCAAUAAUUUGCGGAGUCAGGUUCUAAUCACUCCACUUCUGGAAGGAAAUCUGAGUUACCUCUGUCAUGGACAAGGAAGAAGUGUUUGAAUUCCUUGGAUGCGUUCCUCUAUUACAGAAGCUUCCUAGCUCGUCCCUGAGGAAGAUAUCUCAGCUUGUAGUCGUCAAACGCUAUGAGCCGGGAGAGUAUGUUGCUCGCGAGGGUGAAUGUGGGGAUGGAAUCUACUUCAUAUGGGAAGGAGAGGCUGAGGUUGUUGGAUCUGUUACUGCAAACGAUGAGAAUCGUCCAGAGUUCCAACUCCAAAGAUAUGACUAUUUUGGUUAUGGUUUGUCGAAGGCAGUUCACCAUGCAGAUGUCAUUGCUUCGUCUAAGCUAACGUGUUUAGUACUGCCACAUGAACACUCAGCUCUGCUGCAGCCAAAAUCUAUCUGGAGUGCCGAGAAGUCUCUAGAUAUUUGCUCACCUGUGGAACAAAUAUUGCAUUUAGAGCCCAUAGAGGUAGAUCUUUUCCAAGGAAUCACUCCGCCUGAUGCUCCCAAAUUUGGGAAAGUGUUUGGGGGACAGAUGGUUGGGCAGGCACUGGCAGCAGCAUCGAAAUCUGUUGAUUUUCUUAAGAUUGUCCAUAGUCUGCAUGCCUAUUUUCUUCUUGUGGGGGAUUUUAACAUGCCAAUUAUAUAUCGAGUUUAUCGUCUACGUGAUGGCAAGAGUUUUGCGACUCGAAGAGUGGAUGCUAUUCAAAAGGGAAAUGUUAUAUUCUCUUUGCUGGCUUCGUUUCAGAAAGAGGAAACAGGGUUCGAUCAUCAGGAAGUGACUAUGCCAUCAGUCCCUCACCCUGAUAUGCUUCUGUCAAUGGAAGAGCUCCGGGAGAGACGUCUUACUGAUCCUCGUCUCCCAAGAACUUACCGGAACAAGGUGGCUACUUCUGAAUUCAUCCCUUGGCCCAUAGAAAUACGGUUUUGUGAACCUAACAAUUUAACAAGCCAGACCAAAUCUCCUCCUAGAUUGCGAUAUUGGUUUAGGGCAAAGGGAAAACUCUCAGAUGAUCAGGCUUUGCAUCGGUGUGUGGUGGCAUAUGCUUCAGAUCUGAUAUUUCUUCAAGUAAGCUUGAAUCCCCACAGGCGGAAGGAUCUGAAGACUCGUUCUGUGAGUCUGGACCAUGCAAUGUGGUUCCACCGCCAUCUGAGAGCUGAUGACUGGGUGCUUUUUGUGAUCCAAAGUCCUACUGCCUCUAAUGCACGUGGCUCUGUAUCUGGCCACAUGUUCAAUCAGAAGGGAGAGCUUCUUGUGUCAUUGGUUCAAGAAGGUCUAAUGAGGAAUACUAAUUUGGGAACGUCAACAACAAAAUCCAAGUUGUGACCUGUGAUCUGCUGGAAACCAACAAGAGCUAUAUGAUACUACUUCGGAUCCCUAAUAUAAAAUCUAGGUUGUGGUUCAAAUAACAAACUAAAUCCUAUAUUAAGAAUUGAAAGAAAUAUUUUUUUUUGUUCCUUAGUUUUUUCAGGGUAAAGAUAUUGCUUAUGUCUUUCAAGCAGAAUCUGUGAAAGUUUUGAUUAGAAAUUAGAGGGUAAAUUGUAUUGGAACCAGAACAAGGCGUUGUUAGCCUGGAAAAUGUCCAACCAUGCAGGUCAUACAACUUCCAAUUCCAGGUUAUCACCUGAUUUGUUUUCUUUUUUCUUAAAA